UACUGUCUCUUUAAAUUUACCCAGGAGCCCCUUAAGGAGCCCCAGGGGCCCCUAGUCCGGCUCCCCACCCUGAAGACAAGCAAGAGCCUUAAAAUACAUUACUGGAGGCCUUCACCGAGGCGCCACCACACAGCGCAGCGCGGAGGAAGUGGAUUUCCAGCGGAAUACAUGACUGUGUGAUUUUAUGAAAAGUUAACUUGGCUCCCGUGCGGGGCGCGUGGGGGACAUCGUAGAGCACGGGCUCCUCCGCGAGCGCCUGCUGCCAGAUGCGUGUCGAGCGGAGCCGAGCGGUGUGAACAUGUCACUGUUGUAACAUGUUGUUUCAGUGUGACAUGUCCCGCUUCUGCGCUGCCACACAGUGAAGAAGGAGGAACAGCAGCCACUAUUAAACAGCGGCCAGGCCAGGGAUGGAAGAGAAAGAGACGGGGGAGAGCGAGCCUGUGGACCUCCGGUGUGCCGAGCAGGCUGAGCUGCUCUCAUUAAUAAUAAGCGGGGAGGAGGAAGCGACGCGAGAGGAGAGUGACUUGGGAGAUGAGGACAGUCUUGCCAACGGCCAUGAGGAGGAGUCAGAGGCCGGCAUGGUCACGCCUGUCGGGUCCCCAGGCACCAGCUACUGGAGCAUCACAGAGGGCCCGGACCAGCCCCCCCUGCUCUCCCCGGCCCCCGGGCCCUCCGGACGCAAACCCAGGGUCCAGAGAGCGUCGCGCCCGGGCCUGAGCCGCAUCCCCGGCCGAGACCACCGCCGCUACUACCACGAAUACUGGCGCAGCGAGUACCUGAUGGACUUCGACCCCCAGCGGCACGGGAUGAUCUGCAUGGUGUGCGGCAGCUCGCUUGCCACCCUGAAGCUCAGCACCAUCAAGAGGCACAUCCGACAGAAGCACCCGGACUCUCUGCUGUGGAGCUCCGCAGACAAGGAGGUCAUCCGCUCGGGCUGGGAGAGCCACUUGAGUCUGGGCGGGGGUCAAAGGGUAUUCAGUUCUGCUGCGGGACCCUCGCCUGAGGAAGAGGAGGAGCAGCUGGACUCAGACCAACACAGUGCCGCAGAACCCCUGGAGCCUUUGACCCCCCAGGAGCAGCCUCAACAACCCCCCAGUCUGUCUCCUGGCUCUGAUGAGGGUGAAGCCCCCCCGCCCCAGGAGGAGGAGCAGGAGGAGGAAGAGGAGGAGGGGGAGGAGCAGGACGGCCCCGGGCCCUCGGCCCAGACUCUGGAGCGCUACCUGAACGACUCGCUGCACGCCUGGUUCCGCCAGGAGUUCCUGAUGGAGUACGAGGCGGAGGCAGGCCGGCUGCUCUGCAUGGUGUGUGGGGGGGAGCUGCCCUCGCUACACCUGGACCACAUCAAGAGCCACGUGCUGGACACACACCCACACUCCCUGGUGUUCAGCUCCGAGGAGAAGCACUGCAUCCUGCAGGCCUGGGCCCAGGCUCACGAAGAGUCAGAAACCUCAAUCAAAUCAGAGCCGGACACCAAAGAGGGGGGGGUGGAGCUGUUUGCUCAGGAGGUGGGGGCCCUGCAGCUCCACACGGACCUGUACCCCGAAGGCGACGGCACUUUAACUCAGGACACUUGUCUCAUCGGUGAGGACGGGGGGGUUGGAGCUCCACAGCAGGGACCCCCGCCCCCCCGGCAGCCCAGGAAGAGGCGGCUGCGCAUGGGGGACCCGUGGCGGCUCCGCCUGGACUACCUGGUGGCCUACGGGCCCCCGGGCCGGGGCACCUACUGCAUGGUGUGCUCUCAGGUGCUGCAGGAGAUCAAGGUGAGCAGCUUUCGCAGACACAUCCAGGAGUGUCACCCCGAGACCACCACCCUGAGCCGGGGGGACAGGGAGGCCAUGGCCGCCGCCUGGACCAAAGACUACCCCAGCGAGGGCUCGCACAUUCAGAACGAAACCCCCCCGAGUGAAGCUGAGGUCCUGAACCCCCCGGGAGAGACGGACGAGGACAGCCCCCCCGAUGUCAGGACGCACGGCAAAGUGAUAAAGAAGGAGGAGGGCGUGAGCGCAGCCAAGAGUAAACCCAGGGAGGAGGGCGCCGCGGGCCCCCCCCCCCGUCACAGCCACUACCCCGGCAAGGACCAGCGCAGGAACUACCAGGUGCGCUGGAGGCGGGACUUUCUGAUGGACUACGACUGCCGGAGACACGGCCUCACCUGCAUGGUGUGCGGCGCCACGCUGGCCACGCUGAAGGUCAGCACCAUCAAGAGGCACGUGCAGCAGGUGCACCCCCACUCCCUGUGCUACAGCGCCCAGGAGAGGCAGCAGGCCCUGCUCAGCUACAGCCAGACGGCCCCCAGCUUCACACACUCAGAGGACUGCUGCUCCCCCCAGGACCACGGCCCCACCCAGCCGGCCCCCACCCAGCCGGCCCCCGCCACAGCCCCCGCCACAGCACACUCUGGCACUUAGAAAGGGCCUCCGUCCGUCGCUACUCGCGUGGCCCCUGGUCAGAAACAGCCCUCCCUCUUCCUUUUAACCCUGCUGUCUUGUUCGUUCCCUUACUUUGGUGUUCCUGGUCAAAUGGGACCUGUCUGCUUUAACUGCACUUAAUUAACACAAAAACUUACCACCAAAUGUAAUUUAGCACCCUAUUAAUCUUUAAACAAUGUCUCAGACAGGUUUACAUGAAUAACUGCAGUGAGUAUACAAAGAAUAGAGAGUGAAAAUGUAUUCCAAAAUCAACGUGGUUGUUGAUUUGUGGAGUGUACUCUCUGAUGGAUGAACAUCAUCUAGGGUUAUCCAUUCAUUUCCUAUGGGGCUCACUUUUGAACAGGAACAUCAACGUUGACUAAACCACUCAAAACUCAAUGAAAGUGGUGAUCAGAAUUGAUUGAUGAACGUAGUAGAAUGGUCAGAUUUGACCCAAACACACAGGGGGGUUAAAGGGAAAUGUAUUUUUUGUCGAGUAAAGCGUUUUGGAAAAUGGACUAAAUCUGAGAAUAACACUAAGGUUGACAAAUACUGCAAUUUUCCCUUUUCCCCCCUUCUUUCAAAAUGUUGGUAAGCUUUGACUAAAGGGGCAGGUAGGAAAUGUCACAACCUUAAAAUAUCACAACCUUAAUGUCAUGGCCUAAAAAAAGAAAGUCCGGUUCAGCUCUGUGUGAACCUUUUUAGAUUUAGUAAUACAUUAUAAUACAAAUGAUGUAAUAUUUAUGGUAACAAAAACCCUUUCUCACGCCAGAAGCUAGAUGAACCCUCUAAAUGUGUGCCCAAAGUGAUGGUAACCCUUUCAAAAGGAGCUGGAUAAUUAUCCCAGCAGAGGAAAGAACAGCGAGGGGAAACCAAGAUUGAACAUGACCCUCACUCACCUGCCUAGUGAUGUAGGAGAGCCCAGAGUCAAAUAAGGUCAAUCAUUUGUACUCAAAUAACCUGACAGAUUACACAUGGCAUCUGAUUAAGACAACCGUUGACCUCCGCUACUAGUACAAAUCACAUGAAAUCUGAAGGGCUGCGGUCAAAUAGACCAAAAUAAAUGUUUUUUUCUUGGCCUGAUGGCAUUUACCAUCAAGCUCAAGAAGAAAUGUGAAAGAGAAUUCAUAAGAACUUAAUACAUGAGGCAAAGACAGAGCGGUGUUCAGAGGCACAAGGCACUGACAUUAGCCUAGGUGCUAAUGUGACAGCGGCAUGUUGGUUAGCAUUUAGAGGAUUCAAACCGCUCUUAUCAUGGCUUCCACUCAGAUACAUCUGGGGAAAUUCAAUUUGGAACCUUCCUAAGCAAAAAGGAUUUAACCGCGGCCCAGCCUUUGUGACGUGCCAAUUUUUGGCGCUAUUGUGGCCGGCUAGCGUUAGCAUGUUCAUGAUUAGCCAUCAUGCUAGCAGCUAACUCACCACAGUUUAUCGCCCACUCGCCCCGCAAUAAGUCACUUUUCAACCAAUCCAUUAUCUGCUGGGUGAUUUAGUGCUAAAUGAACUGUGGUGAGUUUCAACACCAACAGCCAAGUUCCUUUUCAUUUCCCACUAAUAGGAAAAAGGGGCUUAAGGAAUUCAAACUCCUGUUAGUAUUUAAUAUUAAUAGUUCAUAUUUUCUUCCUACAAAUUGGCUUAUUUGAAGUCAUGGUACAUGCUUACUACCUAAUAUAAUGUUCCAGGGCUUGUUUCUGGUCAGGGCCUGAGUCUCAGGAAGUUGAAAAGUCUUCGGUGAGGCCGAGGUGAGUUGGUUUUAUGAUGAUGUGUCUGAAGACAACACAGCACUUUGUCCCCAAAAAUGUACUUAACCCCAGCUGUCCUGUCCAGCUGAAUGAGACUCUGAUGUUAUUGCUGAAGACAAUGAAUGCCAGCGUGCAGUCGCUCUAUUUAAUUCCUUGUUUACAGUGGAGGAGACCCUGUCUCUCAUCGUUAUAAUGAGAUAUGUUAUCUCUCCGUCAGUCACCGGCCUGCAUCUUACCAUCAUCUAGCUAAAACUGCACACAAAAAGGAUAUGUAAAUAUAUGAAAAAAUUGAAUUAUUUUUCCUUUAUACAAGCACUUUUAUGCACCCUGGUUUCUACAAAGCGUGUUGGUUAUUAUGUCCAGUUUUUCUACUUCAAUCAUAAUUCAACAAAGACUUUGUCCUCUGACGGCUGGAGAGGGUUUCUUGGACUUUAACUUUGGUACUGCUUUAUUUUACCUUUCACUGUACAACAUGUAUGCAACAGACGAUGUGGAGGAAUCAUUUCAGCUGUCAAAGAAAGAAAAGUCAUAAAAUGUCACGUCUUCACCUGGAAAAUGUAACUCAGGGAUUCUGUUUUCAUCAACAACCAUUUCAUCCGUUAUCUUUUAGAGGCGUGAUACGUGUCAGCUUUGGUUGUCUAGGUGAUGCUAUGAAGACAGCAGAGUAGUAGGGCUACUGUUAAAGCAAACCAGGAAGUGGAAUUCUAAUAUAUUUGAGAAAGUCUGAAUUUAGAAAAGAAAUUAUAUAAUAUAAGACAUUUGUUGUAUUUUGAGAAAAAUAUAAUAUUAAAAGACAAAUAAUAUAAUUAAUGUAAUGUGUGUAAUUUCAGAAGAGAAUCUGAAUUUUGAGGUAAAAGUCCUGUUACAAUUAAACAAAAGACUUAUAUCAAGCUAAACAAGUCAUAUUUUGAGGGAAAAGACUACAUAUUUGUACAGUUCCUUUUUUUCUUCAAAGUCUUCUCUUAGCAGUGCCCCUAAUACUCUGGUGUACAUUGACAGAAUUUGCUCAGUUGAAGCUUUUGAUCAUGACGUGAUAAUGAAGGACUCUGACAGAGAGACACUGUCAGAUCUCAGUCCAAUGUUCCACUUUGGCUAAGAAUAGCCCCCCCCCCCCCCCCCCCCCCCCCCCCCCC